GUUUGCAUGGUGAAGUUUUAAUUUGUUUAUGUUUCGUUUUAUCUGUUGAUUGUAGUGCAUUGUUCGUAAUUUCGUGUGCUUUGUCUAAAAUAUUUUAAACCACAUUACCUACGUUUAUUUGUGAUAGAAUUACACGGUUGUUAUGGAGAAAACAAAAAAACUUUCCAAAAUUCUUCUGCAAUUUCACGAAAUUGUGGAGGAAAAGCAGAGCAUCCAAGAGAACCUGGAGCAAAUUAUAAACCAGAUUUAUUCGGCUACGGAGUAUCUUAAAGAAAACCACAACAAGAUGAAACCUAAGGAAAUUACACAUGUUCACAAACAUUGCAUUGAUGUAUUGAAGCAAUUAACCGAUAUAAAUUCUAAUUUAGAGGAGCUGGUGUUGGAAAAUCCACUGGAACCUUUGCACAUUAAAGAGCAGAUAUUCCAUGACAAACCUGGAGUAUCCAAUACAAGCUGCGUACUAGAUAUAGUAGAAAAAGAAGCACCUGUACUAGUCAAAACCGAGUGCCUUACAAAUACUAAUGUACAAACUCAUAACGAUAUCCAAGAAGCUAUAGAUUAUUGUGAUGAAAAUCUAAUUAAUUCCAUAUCUUACCCAUCCACAUCGUUAGUUUAUUCCACUGCAGACGACAUUCAAAUACCCGAAAAAGAUGUAAACGUAACCCAAGAAUUACCUGCUAUAGAAAAAGGCCUCUUAUCCGAAGACUGCGCAGCAAAGCAACCCGUUAUUAAAUCAACCAGCCCUUUGAUUUGCUAUUCACCCGCCGAUACAGCCGAAGAUUCCUAUUACUCGGCAUCUCCAUCUUCAAGUCCAGUACAUUUUAAACCACUGGGUAAUAUAAGCAAAAGUAAUGAUCCGUCAAAAUGUUCCACUUUAGAGAAGCUCAAUAAUUACAUGCCUAGUAACAAAGAUGUGGAAAGUUGUCGUGUAGAGAAUGCCCCAGAUAUAAGACUGAAACCUAAGUGUACGAUACAAAACGAUUUACACGAUGUGAGCAAGCCCGGAAAGUUUAAAGAUGAAUUUACAGUUACUUAUGAAUUAAAGCCGAAGAAAACGCCAGAAGUUGGACAAGAAUGCGUCAUGAGCCAUAUAGAAUCGCUCGAUGAGUUUUAUAUUCACGUUGUAGAUUGCGAAACAUCAGAAAUCGAUGAUUUGAAUAAAAGAAUCAACGAUUUUUGUGGAAAUAAAAAUUGGAAAUCAAAUUACAGUAAUAAAACGGAAGCUUUGAAUAAUAUCGGGAGGUUUUGUGUGGCGUUAACAGACGACCGAUGGUACAGAGCGGAAAUCUUAAAUGCCUUCAACAAAAAACAAGAUGAAGUGCUCGUACGCCUCGUCGAUUAUGGAACUACAUUAACGGUCUCUUAUAAAAAAUUAAUGAAAUUAAAAGAAUGGAUGACCUACUUACCGAUGCUAGCUGUUAGAUGUCAUUUUCCUCUAUUUUAUCCUCCAUCUUCGACGAAAAAUAACAAACUGGCCAAAUGGCCUCAGGAAAGUAGAGAAGGUUUAAUCAACUUGUGCGGGUUAGGUAACUCGGAGGGUCAGCUGCAAUAUUUCAAAAUCGAAUACGCCCAGGAAACAGAGCAAGUUUUUCGAUUUACUUAUAAAUUUAGUAUUCAACAACUUUUCUUUUACAGGAAUUCUCUGGCUGUUGAUCUAGUGUUCUCCGAAAAAGACAACGAUGGAACUACCGUAGGAGAAAUACUAUUAGAAUCGAAUUUAGCCGUGCAAAUUUUAGACGAAUAUGAUGAUGCUGAUUUAGAGCAAUUUUUGGAGGAUGUGAGCGAUGUGGAAAUAGACAAUGUAAACGAGGCUUUCACUGGCUACGAUGCGAAAGACGAGGCCAGAAUUUGCAAAUUCGCUCGUAACGGUACUUGUUUCAAAGGAAAAAAUUGCAAAUUAGAACAUGACAUGUUACCUAGAGAUGGCUUUACGACUGAUAAAGAGGCCAUUUUCAAAGAACCACUGCCGUUUGUUCCUCCUGCAAUCGAAACAACCGUUAUGAUCCUCAUUACGGGUUACAUCGACACCUGUCGAUUUUUUGCGCAAAUAAUUAACACUCCAUGCAAGAUCAAAGAGUACGCUAUGGAUCGCGAUUUCGUGAAUUUAAUGAACCAAAUCAAUUCGAGGAAGAACCAAAGGUUUUAUGAAACGUUCAAAGUUCUACCGUCUAUAGGAGAAAUCGUGAUUGUAAUGCACUGGAAACAAUGGUCUCGAGGGGUUGUAAGAGAUAUCACUAUCGGAGACGAUACAAGACAUGCACAAGCAAAGGUGUUUCUCGUAGAUUUUGGUGAACUCGUACAGUGUUCUGUGAGCGAGCUAAGGAAAAUUCAAGCGCAGUUUUUGGAGCUCCCCUUUCAAGCCGUCGAAUGCCAGAUAUACGAGUACGAGAUGAGCAAAAGUUGUUCUGAGGACAAAGCGAAGAAGUUUUUCCACGAGCAUAUGUAUUUCCGAAAUUUUACCGCCACAGUAUUAUCGUGCAAGGCUCCUUUGAAACUGGAGGUGAAAAAUUUAAACGGCUCGAUACGAGUAGGGAAAACAUUAGAAGAAAAGGGAUUUGCCGUAAAAUAUGCUCACGAUGUCAAUGUUGAUGACAAUUGCUUGUUGGAUUUAUCUUAGAUUUGUACAUUUAUUCGUAUUAUUGAAGACUUUCAAAUUAGCUUAAUUAUGAGAAACGACAAAAGUAAUUACUUUUAAGACAAUUCUGAAUCUUUGCAAGCUAAAAAAAAUUAUAUUUUAUUUAAUGAUUGUUGUGUUCAUUUUUUAUUAGUAUAUAUAAUUAUUUUAAUUAUUGUUGGUUACAUUUAUUACAGAUGUACUAUUACAAUUAAUGCAAUAAAUUAUACAUUUACGUUUAAUUGUACUUUUUUACCUGAUUGUCCAAUUUAGAAAUUUCAAUUGAAUCAAAAAUUUAGAAAGAAGAAAAUGAUUUAAUCAUAAAAAAUGUCAUUUGAAUCGUGAAACAUCCAAAAAUGUUGGAUCAAUCUUACAAUUUCAGAUUCAAAGUAAUAUCUAUGCUUGCAUUGUGGUACGAUAAAACGCCCCGUAAACUCCACAAAUUUUUUAAUCAUUUAAAAUAUUUUCAGUUUUCUUUUGCCCAGCAUGUGCCUGCUGCUCAUCAUUUACACGAUGCUACUUUACGUUCAAUAAUAUGUCCAGUUUCGAGAUGGUUUUUAAUAGUAAAAAUUAAGACAAAGCGAGUAGUUUAAUAAAUCCCAUUAGGCGGAGGCCCGCCGAAAACGUACGCCCAAGAACUGGGACAGACGAUUUUCCUCGAAUAUUCCUGCAGGUCGAGCACACGAAGCAGCUUCUCCAAUAAAGCCUCGGCAUCGGGCCUAUUGUCUCCUUCGCUUAUGAACUUCCCCAGUAAAAGGCACUUUAAACUUCUUGAAAUAACACUGUACAAGUUUAUGGAGAACCCGGCACCGUUUAUUAGGUAUUUUCCAUUUUCAUUCAUUUGCAAUUCUUUAACAUUCGGAAUACUCGCAGGGCUAUUAACUUGCGUACUGUCCAAAAAGUAGAACCUUUCGUUGUUAAUGUUAUGCAAAUCGUAAUCGAAUGCACUCGAUAAGAUGAUAAUCUUCUUCACAUUCAAUUCUUUCAUGUUGGAAUAGAUGUCUUCGAAGAAUUUCUUCGCUAAAUUGCAAUCCAACGUAGACCUGAGCUGAAUGCAGGCUAUUUUUAAUUCAUCGUUAGCGUAUAACUCGCAUGCCGUGCAUAUUUCCGAGGAAUUAACAUCGUAGGGAUCGCUUCCUACUGUGGACACAAUCGCUGGAUGCCAAACCGAAGCUAUUUUUUGCAAAUUGUACGUUUUUACUAACAAAUCGACGGUCAAUUGUGGGACAUUUCCCACCGAAACGCACGGUAUUAUCAACGCGUAGCCGCUCAAAUCGCUGGAUUUUGAAAAUCGAAACAUAGGAGCCAUAUUUGCGAUUUGCACAUUAAUACUACACUUAUUUCGAAUAGAAUUAUUCAAACUCCAAAAUGAAAAAUGACUAAACAAGUUUUUUUAUUACAACAAAAUUUGAUUUGAGGUUAUGUUUAAGUCAAUGACAA